UGGAUAGACCCGCACAAAGCCCGCAUUUAUGUCACCAGUCUAUCUGUCAGAUAAGUGAAUUUUGUCUGCUGUGGUCAACGUCAGGAUGGAGAACAAGGACAACAAAGUGGACCAGGUCUUGAUAAUGGACCCAUCUCUGGUCUAUCGGCCUGACAUCUCAGAUGAAGAGAAGAAAUACCUGGGCUUGACUGACAUAUCACAAGAGACGGAAUUCACGCCUGGAAAAGAUGAGGCUGAAUUCCGGAGAUUUGAUGAUGAUGACAGCAAUGCCACUAUGGCGCAGGUGAAGAAGACAUACUAUCUCAUGCAUACUAAUCAAACGUAUGAUUAUGUCAUGAAACAGCAUGAGAAAUGGCUAAGCUUCACCCUAGGUGAGAUGACUGUCAUGGAAGCACUUGAUCUUCUUAACAGCCUCAUUGAUGAAUCAGAUCCUGAUACUGAUUUGCCUAACAUCUACCAUGCCUUCCAGACUGCAGAAAGGAUUCGAGAGAAGCAUCCUGAUAAAGACUGGUUUCAUCUCAUUGGUCUUAUUCAUGACAUGGGUAAAAUCAUGGCCAUGCAUGGUCAACCACAGUUUUCAACUGUAGGUGACACGUUCGUGGUCGGCUGUCUCCCUCCCGAAUCCCUGCCCUACGGCCUGAAGAGCUUCACCAACAACCCUGACCUCCAGGACCCCCGUUACAACACCCGCCUUGGUAUCUACAAGGAGAACUGUGGCCUGAGCAACGUGACCAUGUCAUGGGGUCAUGACGAGUAUCUGUAUCACGUCUUGAUCAAGAAUAAGACGACAUUGCCAGAGGAGGGUCUUUACAUGGUGCGCUUUCAUUCUUUCUAUCCUUGGCAUCGGGGUAAUGAAUAUACCUUCCUGACAGACAAUAAAGAUAGAGAGAUGCUAAAAUGGAUCCAUGAAUUCAACAAAUUUGAUCUGUACUCCAAGUCAGACAGCGUGCCCAACAUCGAUGCCUUACGACCUUACUACCAGUCUCUUAUUGACAAGUACCUUCCUGGAAAGCUGACAUGGUAGAUUCCAGCAGAAUUCACUUUUGAACUUGGCCGAUUUCAUCUAUCUGUGAGAUAGCAACGUCCAGGAAGAUAUGCAGGAAACCAUUUUGACUUGAUCUAAUAAUUAUUGUGUGAUGUGCAUGAUUGCUAACGCAGGGACAUUACAAGGUAUAUGUGUGAAAUGGGAAUGUGAUUAAAAAUGCAAUAAGAUAUUUUUGUAUUAACAGAUGUAUAAAUAGUGAUGGCUUAUUUGGUUGGUUUGUUCAUAAAUCAGUAUGUUUACAUAUAUUAAUAGCUAUUAGCUAUAAUUGUGCCCUAACCUUUCCUACACAGCUCAGAUGAUCAAUGCAUGUAAAACAUUGAGGAGGCAUUAUCUCUCUGUUGCAUUUCAUCUCUUUUUUUUUCCUUUCUUUUUUUUUUCACUUUGACUUGCCAUUCCUUCCAAAAUGAAAAAUGAAACAAUUACCUUGUUCCCUAUCUCUUUGCCUCGAUAACCUGUGAUUUCAUAUCAAAUUUCUCCCAAUUGUUCACCCCUCCCCCAAUAGAAAGCAAGUCAUUUAAUGGUUGUUUCAUGUGGGCGACUUUUGAUUAUGUUCAAAGGGAAUUCAACUUUAUUAUGCUUCUCUCCCCCCACCUCUUGUACUAAGGCUAAUAUCACAAAGCUUAAUUGAUCAUAGAAUUGACUUCCAUGAUUGAUUGCAUGGAUCAUUGUCUUCAAUCAAUCGUACAAAUGAACUGUACGAUUGAAUGCUUAGUUUUGUGUUUGAGGCUGGGUCUUCUCUCUCUCUCUGUCUUUACUUGCCCCCUCCCCUCUCCACCUUCUCUUUGACUACAUGGUGUGUGUUUAGAGGUAAUAUAGUACAGUGUAGUACCGGUAAUCAUUUAUGGUCAUGUAUAGUUACAUGUACGCAUACUUUAAGUCGAGAUAUCAUUAUGUAUAUAUGCCUUAAUAUCUUUCAUUCACAUAUUACAUACAUGCAUAUUAAAUGAAGUUUUCCUUUUUUAUUCCUCCCCCCCCUUUCCCAUCCUGUUGAGUUCUUCCAAUCAAGCUUCUACAACUACUUCUGACUGAUUGAUACAUAUCUUCUUUCAAAAAUUAUUAAAAUAUGUAUUUUUCACGUUCUAACUUGACAUAGUAUAGCCUUUAACAUUUUACCCUUAAGCAUCUCCACUCAUUCAGGCCAACGCUGUGACCAAUGAAAUUCCUGGUCGCUCUCACUGUAUGUAUGUUCAUGUAAAGCCAAUCAUGCAUUGGUUGAAUAAUCACCCAAGUAUGAGCAAUUUUUAAAGGCCAGAGCCGUGAACAAUAGGGAUGGAACUUGAACUCAGUGGAAACAAUGACAAUGGUCAAUCUAGAUCACUUUCCCGAGCCUUCUAAAAGUUUGACCAGUACUCUAUCAGAAAUAUUGUUUACAAAUUAUGAUUAACUACAAAUCUAUAUUUUCAAAACUUGUAUCAUACUCUACAUGUCUGUCUUCUGUAGAGUCAAAUGAAUAUCUAUGAGAUUUAACUUAGGCAUAGUUACAUUACCUGAACCUGUAUAUGUAUACAAGUCAUGGGGUAUACCUACUAUUAUUUAAAAUGGAAACCACAUACCCUACCCUAGUCUGCUGUGCAAACACUUCACUCGAGUUAAGGGUCUGAAUGUACAGCCUACUCACGCCUUGUAUACUGAAGACCCUCCAGAAUUGAAACAGCAAGUUUUGUAUUUGCUAGUCUUUGCACGGAGACACACUUGCUGAUCAAAGUUUCAAUCAGGGUCUGUGCCUGCAGACUAACCCCACCCUGCCCUCAUACUGACCCUUAGAUGACUGACUCUGGGGACUUGUUUGGGGUCAUGAACCUCCAAGGAACCCCCUCACCUUCAUGCUCGCUUCAUAAGGUCAAUCGGACUGUACACUUACAAAUGUACCGGUACUAGUCAAACUGUUAACUAUCAAGAGUGUGUGAGCAGAAACGUUAUUCUAAAUAACACUGUCUUUUUUUGGUGUAUAGAUGUUUCACUUCUUCCAAUACAAGAUGAUAUUCAUCUGUUUGUGAUAAAUUGCAAUGCAACAACAUGCACAUUUUCAAUUGUAGAAAAAUUUGUAUACUGUGCAUACAUGAAUUCAUCCUUAUAUGCAUUAUUUUUGUUAUACAUGUAUUACUAUAUUCUUAGUCAUAUAUGAGUGUUAUAGAUAUGGUUAUCUUUCUGUACUAUUGUAUGAAAUAAAAUUUUAGGAAUACAUAUAUAUAAAGCUUCAUGUGCCCCAAGCUCGAGAGGAAAUUUGACUUAAGAUUAUACGUGUAAUGUACCUUCUGUGGUGAAUUGAAUCAACUAUAAAUACUUAUAUAUGCAUGUCUAACAAUAUAAUUACAUGUAGAUAUUCUGCCCAAGCAUAUUUACCAAAUAUUAAUGUUUUUGCCAAAUAUCAA